CCAUAAUAUAUCAUUGGCGUAUCAUCAUUUUUUUUUUUGUCUGUGUAGAUGAUUAUAAACUAGUAUUAAAAGUUUUUGUUUUGUAACCAACUAAAAGUGUAUUAAACAUCUGUUCAUUCCAUUCCGUUUCUUUGUUAAAUUACUAAAACAUUUAGCUACUAAACAUUAUGACCCCUCCCCUACAUUUGUUUCUUUUAAUUAUAUGAGUUAGUCAGUUAGGUAUUGUAAUGGAGUUAUGGUCCACACUCCGCUCCAUGGCUCCACUCACAUUUACAUCUUAACAUGUAGUAUUAUCAUUUCGCGAACCCCCACGAAAAUAAAAUAUUGGCUUCAGCUUUUUUUGUUCCCCUAUUUAAAUGGCACUAAGUGUGAAUGUUAAAACCACACUCUCGAAUCAAAACUCUAUCUGUCUCAAUCUUUUAACCAACACCAAUAAAUAAUGUCAAACCAUCUUCAGGAGCCCUUAACCACCUAUCCUAAACCGGUUUUAACCAAAGAAGAAGAAGAAGCCGACGAGAAAAUGGUAAGCUUGCAAGCGGAGAGUAUCGUCAACACCGUAGCUUUCCCUAUGGUUCUCAAAGCCGCCUUGGAGCUUGGCGUCAUCGACACAGUCGCUGCCGCAGGCAACGGCGCGUGGCUCUCACCGUAUGAGAUAGUGCGUAGUCUCCCAACCAAACCCACCAACCCGGAGGCGCCGGCGUUUCUGGACCGGAUGCUGCGAUUGCUCGUCAGCCACUCGAUUUUGAAGUGCCGUAUGGUUGAAGGCAGAGAAAACGGUCGAACCGGAAACAUGGAGAGGGUAUAUGCAGCCGAGCCGGUUUGCAAAUAUUUUCUGAAAUCCAGUGACGCUUCGGGUUCUCUCGUAUCUCUGUUUAUGUUGCUCCAAAGCGAAGUGUUUUUCAAGACUUGGGGAAAUCUUAAAGAUGUGAUACUAGAAGGAAAAGCUGCAUUCACCUCUGCCCACGGCAUGGGAAUUUUUGAAUACAUUAGUUCGGAUAGACAAUUUGCUGAAGUGUUUCAUCGUGCCAUGUCCGAACCUUCCAUCAUGAUCAUGAAGAAGGUUCUUGAAGUGUACAGAGGAUUUGAAGAUGUUAAGACUCUGGUAGAUGUAGGAGGAGGGACUGGCACCAUAUUAAGUCUAGUCACUUCCAAGUAUCCUCAAAUCAAGGGUGUUAAUUUUGACUUACCUCAAGUUUUAACCCAUGCUCCUUUUUACCCAGGAGUGGAGCAUGUCUCCGGAGAUAUGUUUAUAGAAGUUCCAAAGGGAGAUGCCAUCUUUAUGAAAUGGAUACUACAUGAUUGGACGGACGAACAUUGUAUAAAGCUUCUGAAAAAUUGUUGGAAGAGUCUACCGGAAAAUGGAAAAGUGAUCGUCGUAGAUAUGAUUACACCAACAGAACCAAAGGGUGGUGACUUUUCCUCUAACACUGUGUUUGCUAUGGACAUGUUGAUGUUAACACAUUGUUCAGGUGGCAAAGAGAGGUCGCUUUCUCAGUUCGAGAAUUUAGCAUAUGGUUCGGGUUUUACUCGAUGUGAAGUCAUUUGUCUUGCCUAUUCAUAUUCUGUUAUCGAAUUCCACAAACAGAUUUAAAAUAUACAAAAAUAAAAUAAUGAUUGGUUUGCUGCAUGGGAAAUCAUAUCGCGGGCCAAAAAUAUUGUAACAUGAUAAUAUUUCAUUUGAAUAAACAAUGAGGAGCUUCUUUUUGUUAAUGAUAUAUAUAUUUAUUGCGUGUAUUAUUAUAUGGUUUUAUGGUCUUGGGUCGCUCAAUUUUCUUUUCAGUGUUUGUUUCGUAUUAACAUAGCGUGAUAAUUGUGAUAAGUAUUAACGGUGUUUUGCAUUUUGUAAUUAAAAUCAUUCCUG